AUGUCCGUUGACCGAUUUGAAGAAUCCAUUAUCUACACCACCAACAACAACGAAACUAUUGGGGAUAAACCCAAUUUCGUCGUGCCCCCUGCCCGUGUCGCUCCCCCAAAAGUCGCAAAGAAGAGGGCCGUCGCCCGGGUCAUUAAGAAAGCCACAAAGCCUCGGCAGAUAGGCGCGAAAACCCAGAUUUUGAAAAAAAUCAGGGGCAAGAAAGGUCUGCCCUCUAAAAUAAAGACAGUCGCCGCUAAGAGGGCAUGCGGCAAGGUCAAAUGCGUCAAUAACUGCGCCUCCUCUAAGAUCAAGGUCAGAGCCCACGCCACCAAGAAACUGCACUGCAAAGCAGCCAAAGGAAAGACAACUGCCAAAGUUCAUCUCAAGAAGCGUGUUCUUGCGACCGCAGCUAAGAGACGAUAA